GCAGGCUGCUGUCCUGUGGGAUGGAUGACGGCCAAGAGCAGGACAACUACGAGGAGCGCCUAAAGGAAGUUUUUAACAGUUUCGACACCAGCGGCUGUGGCUCCUUGAGUCCGGAGGAGCUCUCUGACCUCUGUCAGUCUCUGCACCUGGACGAUGCAACGCCAACUCUUCUCCAUACGCUGCUCCAGGACCACUUCACUGCCAGGGUUGACUUUGACCAGUUCAAGCAUGCACUUAUCCUGGUUUUGUCAUCAACCAUUGAGCCUCCUCAGGCUGAACAGGAACCCUUGCUAAAGCCAGAAUCUCCAGAGAUCCAACCAAAAUUUGUGAAGGGCAGCAAACGUUACGGCCGCCGCUCGACGCCGGAGUUCCUGGAGCCAGUUUCAGACUUGUCUGAAGUGACUAACAUUAACCCGGCUGAUGAGGAGGAUUUGGAGGACAACCAUGACUCAGCUGUUCCCAGGAAGCGUGAGCGCUGGAAUGCCCAUGAAAGCAGCACAGAAGAGUAUGAGGCAGAAGGUCAAAUGCAUCUGUGGAACCCCGAUGAGCCAAGCACACCCCGGGGAUCCGUCGCUCCUCUGUCAGCCCACUUGGAGGAGCGACUGGUUGAAGCAUGUGAGGCGUUGGCGAUAGCGUGGGACGGAUGUGCUGCUCACUCUGACCUGCUGGCUCUGUGUGAACAUUUGGGCCUGGAGAUGGACAGUGAUGUUCUCCUCAGUCUCAGUGACGACGGAGUGAUGAAUGUACAGGAGUUUGUCUCCAGAGUCGUGAACAACAACAAAACACUAACACCCUCCGCCUCCACUCCAUAUAGGCAACUUAAACGACAUCACUCCACUCAGCCGUUUGAUGAAGGCGGGCGUAGAAUCUCAGCUCUGACCAGCACCAUUGGCAUGCGUCUGUUCUCAACACUUGAUGAUGGGAGCGGUUUUACUCCAGCUGAGUACAUCCUGGAUGCCUGGAUAGAGGAGGGAAUAGAAAACAGCGCUGAGAUCCUUCAGGCUUUGAAUUUUGACCUAGAUGAAAAACUGAGUCUCGGUGACCUCACUGUGGCGCUUGAAAACCAGCUGCUCAGUACUAAGAAUCAAAUUCACCAAGCAGCACUAGCCAGCUUCAAAGCUGAAAUCAGAUAUCUCCUAGAGCGAGUAGACCGGGAAAUCCGGGAGAAGGAAAAAAUCCAGUCGGAUCUGGAGAAAGCUGAGAAGCAGAAAGCUCAGCUUGCCACGGAGGUGGAUGAGCAUCACUCUGCAAUUGAGCACAUGAAUAACAUCAAUCUCAGGAAGCUUGAGCAAGACUACAAGGAGAAGCUGACCGCUGUAAGAUUGGAGCUGAUGGAGGAGAUGGACCAGAUGCAGCAGCAGGCAGGCCUGCAACGCGAAGAACUGGAGGCGGAGAUGGAGAAGAUCAGGGACGAUGAAUCGUUGCUCAGAGAUCACCUCUCCAUCUCAGUGAAGGAGAACAGGCGGCUUGAGAUGGAAUUGCUCGACAUCACUGAAAAGCUAACAGAUGCACAAAGCCAAAUAACCAAACUCCAGACAAACUUGGAGAACAUCAUGAAAGACAAGUUUGGAGACCUAGACCCUGGCAGUGCAGACUUCUUUCUUCAAGAGGAGCGUAUUAAACAGCUACGCUGCAGUUAUGAAGCACAGUGCAGGGAGCUGCAAGAUCGUAUCGAUGAGCUGCAGUCAGAGCUGAGGGAAUUUCACUCUCUUGGACGAUCUCAUGAGUCCGGCGGCAAACCUCUGUCCGAGGAGCUGGAGAACAAGAGCCCCGGCAUGGAGUCCGACCCAGGUAUCGGUUCAGACGAGGUUCAGCCUUUCAGCAUGAGCCUGGAAGCCGAGAUGAUGCUGGAGCAGCUGAAGGAGCAGCAUCUUCAGGAGAUGGAAAAUGUGCAAAACCAGCUUGAAAGCAAGAUGACUGAAUUUGAAAAGCUAGUAGCAAAACAGAAGGGGACCCAUGAAGACCAGAAAGCUGCCUUGGUCUUCCAGUACCAGCAGGAGGUCCAGGCUUUCAAGGAGGAGUUGGCCAGAGCUCAGAGCCACACACAGCAGCUUCAGAGCCAGCUCCAGCAGGCAAAGCUGGCACGGACCUCUCUGGAGCUAAAGCAGGUCAGUGAGAGAGAAGAACUUAAGAACCACCAGGAAGAUGAAGCUGGAAAUCUCAGGCAGCAGCUGCUUGACGCACACACUCAGAUUGCUGACCUGGAGGACCAGCUGAACUCUCUGGAAAGCCAGAAGGGAGAGAUGGAUCAAAAUCUUCUCAGUAAGAUGGAAGAGCUGAGGAACCAACAUGCCUUGGAGAUGAGCAGACUAAAGGAGGAGCAAGCACAGCUGCAAGAAGCAAGACUGGUGGAGGAGAAACAGGAACUCCAGAAAAAAAAGGAUGAGUGGGAGCAAAGGUUAUUAGAUGACUGGCAAAGUAAACAGAAAGUCCUGGAGGAAAGCCAUCAAAACAAACUUAAAGUCCAGUUAGAGGAGGCAAAGCUGAUGUUUGAGAAGGAGCGAGAUGAAAUGGUGAACCGAUUAACAGAACAGUGGCAGAAGGAGAGAGUACUGCGGGAUGAGCAGCACAACAAGACCCUGCAGGUCCUGCUUGAGGAGGAGAUGUUGAGACUAGUCAGGGAACAAGAGGAGAAAGAGAACAAGCUGAGGGAGCAGUGGGAGAGCGAACAAGCUCUGCUUCAGGAGCAUUACAAGAAGGUUGUGCUGGACAGAGUACUUCAGGAAAGACUGCAGCUGCAGGACCAGUUUGAACAGAGGGAGAAGCAGUUAAAGGAAGCGUGGGAGAUGGAGAAACUGCAACUGGAAGAGGACUAUGAAGGUUUGAUCCAGGACAGGCUGAAUGAGGAGAAAGAGAAGCUUGAGACCGAGAGAGAAGAGGAAGAGAGGAGGAUAGAAAAGGUGAUAGCCGAGGAAAGGGCACAUCUAGAAGAGAGCCACAGAGAGGCCAUGCAAGAGCUCAUCAACAAGCAUGCUGAGGAGAGGAAAGCACUCAGCGCAGUGUUGGACAAACUGCGAGAGGACAUCACUAACGAAAGGAAGGCAGUUGAGAUCAGCUUCACCCAGAGAAUCAGAGAAAUAGAAGAUCGUUACUCAUGCGAUCAGGAAUCUGCAGCCGAGCGUUUUCAAGCCAAAAUCUUCAAACUUCAACAGCAUUACCAAAGUGAGCUGAAGACCCUCUCUGAAAGCCAUGCCAUUCAGAAGCUGCACUGGGAGAGAGAAAUGCAAGAAGUUCUCGAGGGCACACAAGAACAAAGGAAAACAGUGGAGGAAGCUGUAGGGCAGGAAAGAGAGAGAUGCAAUCAGGAAUGGGAGAAUGAGCGACAAGAGCUUGAAAAUGUCCACUGUGAAGAAAUUGAAGCGCUAAAGAUGGAGAACAAGCAGCUCCAACAUGAGCUGGAGGACGUUAUAAGCAUGGCCCAGAGGAAAGAAAUAGAGCUCAGCAUGCAGCUGAAUGAGCUCCACAGCCGGCUCCAGGAGAAACACCAGCUCCUCACUCAAUCUGAGGACAGAUUUCUUCAGACUGAGCUGCUGCUGAGUCAAACAUUGGAAGAUUUUAAACAGGAGAGGGCUGAGCUUCUCAGUUACAACUCAGACCUGCAGGCAAAAUACAGCGAGAUUAUUUCCCAUGCUGAGAGGCAUGUUUCAGAGAGGAUUCAACUGGUAACUGAGCGUGAUGAUUUACAGGUUAAAGUUGAAGACCUGGAAGCACUUCUCAAACAAGCAGCACUGGACUUUGAGCUUGAAAGGAAGGAGAUACUGGAAAACCUGGUGCUUCUUGAGAAAAAGUUGAAAGACACUCAAGAAGUUGACGUCGAGGCACUGAGAGCAGAAAGAGAUGUUCUUAAGAUCAGAAUGAAGGAGCUACAGGUGGAGCAGGAACAGGUUUUAGCCACUCUAAAUGAAAAACAAGGGAAAGACUCAAACAAUAGAAAUGUGUUUAUAGAGAAGCAUGAUAAUGAAUCAUCUCCAGCUCUGUCUGAUCAGGAUGGAGAUGUGUCAGAAAUGCCUUCUGGUCUUGGUAGUAUAAAUGCUGAUCUAGACCAUGGUGAUGGCAACUUUGCUGCCAUUGAGGAUCAGAUGGAUGAGCAAGAUGGCCAAGACGAAGUGACCAUAAAUCAGGACAUACAGACUGAAAUCUUCAGCGAGGGAUGUGAUAAUCACAAAUUUGGCGUUCCUCCGGAGCAAAACCUUGGAGAUCAAGGCCCUGAGGGAGGUGAACUCGACUCAGAAUCAUCUGACAGUUAUUUAUGUGUUGAAAACAAAAACAAAGCAGUUUCCCAUGAGAUUCAGGGUGAGGACUUAUCUCCACUUCAGGCAUUUAAUGAUGGUAAAAAUAAAGUAGCUCUUGAAUCAUGCAACCAGAAGACUAAACCAGAGGACUGUGGAAGCUGUUUCCAUGAAGAUCAGCAGCAUCAUGAGACUGUGGUUGUGACUUUAAUGCCGGAGGAGACAGCAGGUGACCCUGCUGAGCAAUCAGUAGAGGAUGCUAAGUUUAAUCGUUUACUAAAUGGCCCUCACGGCCGACAGGAAAGUGACCUACUUCUUGAUUGUGAGCAUGAAAACCAGGACAAAUCUGCACACGAUAGUGCUGAAACUGUGUCUGAUUGUGAGAACCAGAAGUGUGCUACUAUAAAAUUACAGACAUCGUAUAACACUGCCACAGAGGAGAAUGUCCUACUGCAUGAGAAGAUUUCCUUGCUUCAACAGAAGACAGAAAUUGUAGAGAGUUUGUUGGCACACCAUAGCAAAAAGGUCAGAACCAGUCGUCAGGCUUUGGAGGAAAACCUCAAGCUCAAAGUCCAAAUGCUCUUGUUAAUGGAGCAUGUGAGAGAGCUGCACGUGAAAAGCUUACAAAUGGCAGAUCUUCAGAUCAGAUAUGAAGAUUGCAUGUGUGAAAAUGCCAUUCUGAAAGAACAAAACGGUGCCCUUGAAAAGAGGGUUUGGAGCCUCGAAAGUAGGCUUAAUGUUUUCCACGACGUCUGUGAUCAACACGCUUCGCUCGUGGAUGAGAUCAGCAGGAUGAGAGGAGAAAACGCCGAGCUCUUUUACCUCUUGAAUGAACUGGAAAGGCAGGACGAACUUUCAAACUUGACCUCUGACACUGAAAUAGCAGAGAGACCCAUUGGCGAGGCUUUUCUGCCCCCGUAUAAUCAGCUGGAGGAGAAAUAUCAGGCAGGAAACGGUGUGGAGGAUUGCUGCAGGGAGUUUGAAGAGCAGAACGGCAAACUCCGCAGAGCCAUCGCAGAGCUACAAGACGAGUCACAGAUAAUAAAUGAAACCACUCAGGCUUAUAGAUCUGAAGCUACUCGUCUUGGUGAGGAAAACAUCUCUCUACAAAGAAACAUUGCUAGACUGAAGGAAGGAGACCUAAAGGAGGCCAAGGAUGAGUUAUUCCAAACUUUGGAGCACUUGGAAAAAGAGAAGUUUGCAUCUCAGCAAGCAGCUGACAAUUUCAACAAACAGAUUUCAGAGUUGCAUUUUCAGAGCCAGCAACUGGAAGACGACAAUGGGAUUCUAACGGAGAAAAAUGCUCAAAGUGUUGCCGAUAUAGAGAGUCUACGAGAGCAGCUGGCCGCGCUGAUACAGGAAAAUGAGAUGAGUGAGACAUUCCACUCUGAAGAGAAAAACAAGAUGGCAGCUUGUGUGUCUGCUCUGGAGGCAGAGCUAACCAAGGCUCUGGAGGACACAGCACAGCUGGAGGAGAGAAAUGUCCUGCUCUCACAGCAGCUCUCUGACCUCAGGGAGAAGGCUGUCCAUGUGGAAUCUAUGGAGAGUCAGCUCAGUCAUCUGGUAGAGGGGGGUAGGACCAUGGAAAGUGCAGGUCUGCGCAACCAGCUAGCUAAAGCUCAAGAACAGCUGAAAUCUGCAGGAGAAAGCCUCCAUGUAGUAAACCGGCAAAGUGCUCGUCUCAAGUCAGACCUCCUCGUUUUGCAGAAGGAGAGGGAUUCCCUGAAGCAUGAGAUUGCAGUGCUAUGCAAACAACUGCAGAAUGCAAAUGAUAAGAACCAUAUUUUGGAGAUGGCCUUGCACUCGAGCGGUGUACAGAGUCAGGGCAAGAAGAUGUACAGAGAAGAGUUUUCCUGGCUGAUGGAGCGGGAACAACAGCAGCUGCUGAAGCAGGAAAACGAGAGGCUUAAAGCUGAAGUACACACCAUCAAUAGCGACCUCGUCCUGUCCAGAGAAAAGAUCCGUCAACUUGAUGCCACAAUCCUCUCGCUGAGCAAACCAAAGCAGCAAAGCCUUUCCUCCCUCCUGAAGGCCUUGGAGCAGGAGAACACCUCUUUGAAACUGGAACUUGAAGCAAAAAACCAGCUGCCCAUGGGCGGUGACGCUGAGCAAAGCCACAAAGAGCAGGAUAGUCUUCAGCAAGAAAACGAGGUGCUCAAGGCACAGAUGUCUCGACUAUCUGCACAGGUGAUGGAGUCGUUUCAGGUGCAGUUCGGUGGACCUCUUCAUCCAUCACCUCAAAGAGGGCAGAGAGGACAACAACGUGGUGAGGAUCCAGACAACAUGCAGGAUGAAAGGGAGAAGAAGAUGAAAAACAUGGAGAUACGCAUGAGGGAAAUUGAACUUUCACUGCACAAUGUGAAGCUGCUGUUGAAAGAGAAAGUCACUCAGCUGAAGGACCAGCUGCACAGGAAUGGUAAAGCGGAUGUCCUGAUCAAAGAUUUGUACGUGGAGAACUCUCAGCUGAUCAAGGCUCUGGAAAUAACGGAGCAGCGGCAGAAAAUCGCAGAGAAGAAGAACUACCUGCUGGAAGAGAAGAUCUCUAGCCUUAACAAGAUAGUCCGGGAUCUAAACCCGUCGACACUCUCAUCACUACCGUACAACUACAAAUGCCCAUAAAAUGUCUCCUAAACACCCCGCACAUUAAAGUAGUUGGUAGUGACAACUUCGGGUGUGUAAAAGCUGUAUAUAUUUUAACUACAGGGACACUUGUGGAACAAAUCCAGCCAGAUGCAGAAGAACUGGAGGGUUCUAAUGUGUAUUUAAACGUCACUGUUAAAUGUGCAGUAUUUUUAUUUUAAUCAACAGGUUGGCUAGUCAGGUCUAGUCAGGUCAAACGGUUGGCUAGUCAUUUAUUUCACAGUAAUUGAUCAUUUUAUAAUGGUAUUAAGUUGGGAAAAUGAUCCCAUCAUGGCACUCUCAUUACCAUCUCUGGCCAAAGGGAAAAGCAAUAUUGAUGUGCAAGUUUAUAGAAAUCUUCGUGUGUCUGUCUUGAUCCUGUAGACACAAUGUUAAAAGGAACAGUGAGUAAAAUCAUGGACGGAAAUGUCAGUCUGAAAAUAUUGAGGAUAUUUUUGCUUUUAUUUUUACACUACCUGAAAUUGUGUGGACUAUAAAUGUUGUGUGGCAAUAUUUAACAUUUAUUUAAUUGUAAUAAAGAAAAACAUGCUAUGAUCUGUUGCAAUAUGUAAAGUUGCCAUCAUGAACGUUUUGAGCUCAAAUGAUCUACUUCAGUUGAACACUGAAGUAAAACCAGGGUAAUGUCUGUGUUACAAGUCUAAAUAAAAUGUAUUGUUUAGCAUUCUAA